AUGUCACAAAGAUAAGGGGAGUGCUAAUCCUGAUACCUGUUCGAAAGAACUACGGCAACAACCGCAGCAAUACUAUGAUGAACAGCGGCAGUUGUUGCAGCAGCAGCAACAACAGAAGCAGGAACAAAUGCAACAACAACAAUCGGAGGAAGAAGUUAUAAUUGACCGGGUAUUCCGAUGUCCACACUGCAGCAAGACCUUCAAGCGUUCUUCCACCCUGAGUACUCAUCUUCUCAUCCAUAGCGGAACCCGGCCCUACCCCUGUGAGUACUGUGGCAAGCGCUUCCAUCAGAAGUCGGACAUGAAAAAGCACACUUACAUCCACACAGGUAGGAAACACAUACGUCAGCUUAAAUCAACAUAUACUAUUGUAUUUUGCCUAUCUCUCAUGCACCUUAAUUUUUUUGUCUUGAAAGGUGAGAAGCCCUACAAGUGUGUCCUUUGCGGGAAGACCUUUAGCCAGUCCUCAAAUCUCAUUACUCAUUCGCGAAAGCACACUGGCUUCAAACCCUUUUCGUGUACCUUCUGUUCACGUGCUUUCCAACGUAAGGUGGACCUCAGACGACACACUGAAACUCAACACACGGAGUCUACUGCCCUUCCCUCCGGACAUGCGAUACUGUCACGACCGUCUUCCCACUAUAGAGAGACGGCCGCCUGUUCGGUCGCAGACCCUCCUCCCCAACUCCCGCCUCACCUCCCUCAUGCUCCUCCUCCUCCUUCUGACUUUACAGCCCUUAAUUUGACCCGUUUUAUGCCUGACUGUGGCCCCCUAGGCAUAAGUCUACCCUCCUCACCGCCUCAAUGCGAGGGCACCACUAAUAUCUCGCCUGUAUUUCCCAGCGAACGUCCCACCUCGCAACUACUCUCC